GAAUCCAUACGGCACAGCAGUCCGCAUUCACGACGGGACACGCAAACGCCUCGGCAUAAAGAGGUGAGGCAGAGCAUGACUCUGUCGCCGAGCCAGAACCAGACGUAACGACAGCAUUUCUUCCUCCUAACUUCUUCCUUUGCAACGUCGAGAGAGAGAGAGAGAGAGAGAGAGAGAGAUGGGAGUAGGAGAGAGGAAGGGAUCGGUGUUGGAGGAUCUGAUAGAGAGGGCCGGCGGGUGCGCCGUGAUCGACGGCGGGUUCGCGACCCAGCUCGAGAAGCACGGCGCCGCCAUCAACGACCCUCUCUGGAGCGCCCUUUGCCUGGUCAAAGACCCCCAUCUCAUCAAGCGAGUGCACAUGGAGUAUUUGGAGGCUGGUGCUGAUGUCCUGAUCACCUCUUCCUAUCAGGCCACUCUUCCCGGGUUUCUGUCCAAGGGACUGUCCAUGGAAGAAGCAGAGUCAUUACUAGAAAAGAGUGUAAAGUUGGCCGUUGAAGCCCGCGACAAGUUCUGGGAUUCCUUGAACGUGGUUCCUGGACAUAGCUACAAUCGGGCCUUGGUGGCUGCAUCAAUUGGUAGCUAUGGGGCUUAUCUUGCUGAUGGCUCAGAGUAUAGCGGUUGUUAUGGACCCAACAUAAAUUUGGAAAGACUCAAGGACUUUCACCGGCGUAGGUUGCAAGUCCUUGUUAAUGCCGGUGCAGAUUUGCUGGCCUUUGAGACUAUUCCUAACAAACUGGAAGCUCAGGCGUGUGUUGAGUUGCUCGAAGAGGAGAAUAUCGAAAUUCCAUCCUGGAUUUGCUUCAGCUCGGUGGAUGGCGAAAAUGCACCAUCUGGAGAGAGCUUUCAGGAUUGUCUGGAUGUAUUGAACAGGAGCAAUAAAGUCAAUGCAAUCGGGAUAAACUGUGCGCCGCCCCAGUUCAUUGAAAGUCUAAUAGGCAAAUUUAAAGGGUUGACAAGCAAGGCAAUAGUUGUUUAUCCCAACAGUGGCGAGGUAUGGGAUGGCAGAGCUAAAAGAUGGCUGCCAUCCAACUGCUUCGGAGAUGACAAAUUCGAGCUGUUCGCUGCAAGAUGGCGUGAUGCAGGAGCCCAGCUCAUCGGCGGUUGUUGCAGAACGACGCCUUCGACAGUUCGAGCUAUUUCAAACGCAUUAAAAAGAUUAGAGGAAGCAAGUCUAGACUCUUACCGUCUCUGACGAAUGCUUCUCUUCCCCUUUUUAGUUUUGGAUGUCAUCUCCAUCAGCGACUCAGAAAUAUUUAUUCAGCUCAUAGAUAUGCUCUUAGGAAGUUAUAUCUGUCCUUCUCUAUCUUUGUUCUUAGUUUUUCAUGCUGAGAUUUGAGAUGCAAGUCAAAUAGCCACAGUCCUCAAUGUCUGCCAAAGAGAUCAGUCUCCGACUAAUGUUACAAACGUUUGUACAAAAAGGCCCUUUGU